AUGCUAAAUUUUAUUUUAUAUAUUUUUAUUUUUCAAAUUUUCGUAUUAAUACAAAUAAGCAUUUCACAGGAACCAAAUAGUGACAAAGAAUUCUCUGUAGAAAAAAGUUUCCUUGAAAAUGAAGAUGAUAUUCCAGAUGAUUUAGUAGAAAAAAUUUUGUUAGAUGAAUUGUAUGUUAAUUUAGAAAAUCCAUCAGUGAGUUCAAAUAUAACACCUGAAAGUUUAGAAGAUCUAUCAACUCAUAUGGAAAGUAUUAAUUCUGGCCCAGAAAAUACUUUAAGAGUUUCAGAAGAUAACUCUAAUAUAAGAAACAAUAUUUCUACUUCAAACAGUAAUACAACUACUUCUCAGAAUAGGAAUUUUGAUUUACAAAAUACUAGUAAUGACUCAAAGAAUAUAGAAAUGUUUUUAGGGAAUGCUAAUAUGUGUGUUAGAAGUAUAAAUUUCUAUAUAAAAAGUAGUAUCGAUAUUUUGAAGCAUACUUAUCAAUGUUUAUAUAAUGAAAGCCCUGUUUUAAGAAGUGAAUGUUUGAAUUUACAACCUAAUGACAACACAUUGCAAGACAAGAUGUCUGCUUUGCAAAAUAGCAUCUCUGAAUUACAAAAUACUACUAGCGAAUUACAAUGUAUUAUGAAAAACUUACAUAAGAGUACUAGUGAAUCGCAAAGUAGAAUAUGUAAAUUACAAAAUACUUCCUAUUUGAAGUGUACUAAUUCUGAAUCAACAAACAGUUCAUUUAAUUUAAUAAAUACCAAUCUUGAUUUGCGACAUACUGCUCCAAACUUAGAAAAUAAUGCUUUGGGUUUAAAUUACGCCAGUUCUAGUCUUCAAAAUAAUGCCUCUAAUUCACAAAGAGAAUUUCAUAGCAUUCAUAAUAACUCUAUUUUGCAACAAAAUACUCUUAGCAGUGUAAAUAAUACCCAUAAUUUAGGAAAUACAACUUCCAAUUCUCAAUAUAUUAGUUCUCUAAUGAGAAAUGAUACAUCUAGAAUGGAAAACAUUUUCCCUAAUUCAAGUUCUACCUCUAAUUUACAAAAUACAACUUUAAAUUUACAAUAUCCCAUUUAUGAAUCUCUGAAUAGUGUUAUUAAUGCACAAGAUACUUCCUGUUAUUUACAAAAUUUAACAUCUAACAUACAACAAACUUUUCAAUCAGACUAUUCAUCUAACUUUCAAACUCACUUUGGUAUAGGCAAUACUUGGUUUAAUAUGCAAAACCACACUUCUAACUUACAAAAUGAACCUUUUAAUUUACAAUAUGAUACAUGUAAUUUACAACAUAAUGCCUAUAAUUCUCAGAAUACUACUGGUAUACGGUGUGCUUCCCAUAAGUUAGAAGAUAUUGUAUCUAUGUUACAACAUAUAUUAUCUAAUUUACAAAGGAUUACACCCUAUACACAAAAUAUAUCCGCUCAAACAAUAAAUAAUACUCAUAAUUUACAAGAGACUAAUCCUAUUGUGCAAGAUAAUAUCUCUAAUUUAGAAGAAAUAACUCCAAACGUGGAUGAUUGUAACGAUAAUUUAGAAGAAAUAGCUCCAAACGUGGAUGAUAGUGACGAUAAUUUAGAAGAAAUAACUGCAAACGUGGAUGAUAGUGACGAUAAUUUAGAAGAUACAUCCCAAACGUCGAGAAAUAAUAAUUCUAAUUCACAGAAAAACGUUACUACAAGAGUAAGACGUAGAACCUCAAGAUUAAACCGUACUUCACUUAGAUUGAGAAGGAAUACAUCUAAUUCACAAAAUACAGUUCCUAGAUUAAGAAGUAAUUCCUCUAAUUUACAAAACGAAUCUUGUAAUUUACAAAAUGAAUCUUCUAAUUUACAAAAUGAAUCUUCUAAUUUACAAAAUGAAUCUUCUAAUUUACAAAAUGAAUCUUCUAAUUUGCAAAAUGAAUCUUCUAAUUUACAAAAUAAAUCUUCUAAUUUACAAAAUGAAUCUUCUAAUUUACAAAAUGAAUCUUCUAAUUUGCAAAGUGAAUCUUCUAAUUUACAAAGUGAAUCUUCUAAUUUACAAAGUGAAUCUUCUAAUUUACAAAGUGAAUCUUCUGAUUUACAAUAUAGUAUGUCAUAUUUACAAGAUGUCUGUGCUAAAUUAUUCAGUAUAACUCAUAAUUUAAAAUGUAUGGAUAUUGAAAUAUAUGAUGUUCAUACAUUUUUAGAUAAUAAAAUUGUCAAUUACCUAAAUAAAAAGUUUGCCGUAGACAAUGAAACAGAUGGUAAUAGCAAUUUAGAUGAUGAUGAUAAUAGUAUUAAACCUUAUAGAAAACGUCCAUGUAAAUCAAAGGAUACAGAAAAAAGUAACAUGGAUAAAUCAAAAAGUUCAAGUUUUUCUUCAUUCAAAGAUAUCCAUAUGGAAAGAUUACCAAUAAGAAAUUUUACUUUAUUCUGCUCAAAAGAAGUUUUUAAAAUGGAUUAUAGAACAAUCAUACCUAUAGCUAACAGUUUGAAUAAUAUACAUUUAACAUUAGAAGAAAAUAAAACUAAAUUAAUAAAAGAUUAUAAUUUAAAAAUUGAAGAGUUAAAAAAUUUUAUAAUAAAAAUAUCAAAAAAUGUCGAUAGAAGCAUUUUAAACAAAUUAAAAUUUCGUAAUGAUAUUUUGAGUUUAUCACCAGAUAAAAUUUUAGAAGAAGUCUUGCAAAAAAUUAAAUAUAACAGAAAUUUAGUCAAAUGUUCUGUUCCUGAUGAAUUUUAUAUACGUAUGAAAAUAAAAAUGUUUCUUCCUAAAUUAAAUAGUGUAUCAGCAAGUAUUAGAAGCUUUAAGACAUUAGAAACAAAAGUAAAACAAUUAAUCAAGACUAACGUGUUUUCAAUGUUAACUCAUGGUAUAUUGUUACUUUUACCUAAUGAUAAAUCAAAAACCUUUAUAAAGUUAUUUAAUAAUUUAGAUAAUUUAUUAGAUACUUCUGAAAAAUCAUUUAUGGAAGGAAAAUAUUUUUUAAAUGAACAACUGAUUAAAAAACAUAGGAUUCUUAUAUUUUCCGCUAAUAAAUCUUUGGGUAGAUUGUAUAGACUAUUAAAAUCUCUUUUAAUGAAUUUAGAGUUCUUUAAUUUAUCGUAUAAUGAUAAUGGGAAAAUAUUCACAACAAUUUUUCAUUUCUUAUAUAAUACAAAUAAGAAAAAUGAAGAUGAGUUUAAUCAUACAACAAAUGAAUUAUAUGAAAAACAUCUUAAAAAUGAUAUUUUAAGUAUAUUAUCAUAUGAAAAGAAAUAUAUCUUAGAGUGCCAUGCUAGAGCCAAUAAUCACUUUAAUAUGAAUGAUGACGAAAUAAAUGAAAGUUCUAAAUGGCUACAAUCUUUAUUAGAUGAUGAAAAAAACGCUAGGAAUGCAAUGGAAAUUUAUUCUAAAAUUAUAAAAGCAGCAAAAUAUGAACAUAUUUUUUUUUUAAUGCGUAUAUUAAGUAAAUUACAAAUAUCACUAAAACUUUUAUAUAACUCAACAAAUAUGAAAAGCUUAAGAAGUUCAUAUGCAGCUAUAUCAAAGAAAAGACUAGAUAGAAUUAUAACAGAAAUACAUUAUCAAAAAAAAAUGUUGCAAUAUAUUAAGUUAAAUGCAAAAUUUUUUAGUAUACUUAGUGGAAUAAUACAUAAUUCAAACAUUUUUUUUGGUGACACAGAUUCUGAUAUUACCUUAUUGCAGGAUAAUUUAUUAUUUAUUAAAAAGGUUGCUAAAAGCAUUACCGAUCAUAUAGAUAAAAAUAGAAAUGAAAAAGAUAACUAUACGAAUGAAGGCUUAUUAAUUUUACUGUUAUAUUCCAUUGAAAUGUUAAAUAAAUGUGUUCUAUAUAUGUAG